AAAAUCAUUUUCUGUUUUUUAUGUCCUCGUUGACAAUAAACACGCGCGUUGUUUUAAGAAAAACACGAUUUAGCUGCACAUUAUUGAAAAACACAGUACCCACAAUGCCACACUUCAGCCAGCAACAAGGAAGUAAGACGGGUGGAUGUGUUGUCAUCGCUCACUCCGUCGAUAUCACAGUGGUUUUACCAUCUCUUCGCUUAUUACCACUCACUUCUGAAAUCAUGGCAGGACAGACCCAGCAGCUCAGCGAGUCUGUUGUGAUCCGCAGCCUCAGACGGUUCAGGGACCGAUAUUUCCCAAACAGUGGUAAAGUUGUCAAAGGCUCUUCGACGCCUGUUGUGGACGCGGUAGGAGAGCCACAACCGGGAUCUCUGGAUAGUUUACCGGUGGACGUACAGUUCCUGAUCAUGACCUUACUGUCUCCGGCGGAUAUCUGCAUUCUGGGAGCCACCAGUCGGUACUGGAGGGCCAUGGUUAGAGAUCCAGUACUGUGGAGAUACUUCCUGCACAGGGACAUGCUAAACUGGCCCUCCAUUGAUCACGUGAGCAUGCCCCAACUGGAGUUGUUGGACGCACCACUAAUCAAUGAAGACGAGAGCCUGGACGAUAGAGAAGAGUGGGGCGACAAAGGGAUGGAAUCGAAAGUUGACUACAUGUCAGAAUACCUGAAAGGCUGCCCAUCCUGCAGACAACAAUGGCUUCCCUCACGGCCGACAUAUGAGGUCAUGACCUCUUUUCUCCAGUCUCUGGUGCCCUCAUCUGAGCCACGUUAUGCCAUGUUGGGCCCCGGCAUGGAGCAGCUGGACGUGUCUUUAGUCACAAGGCUCCUGCGUGCUCCAGAUGUGCUUCCAGUGUCGGGCACUCCUCACAGACAGAUAAACGGUAUUGGCUCAGGGAUCAGUUACAUGUUCAACAACCAACACAAAUUCAAUAUCCUGACUCUGUACUCAACCAAUAGGGCAGAGAGGGAGAAAGCCAGAUUGCAGCAGCAGAGCAUCAGUAAUAAACUUUUUACCUUUGAAGGAACCGAUGACUCAGGCUGUCCAAUCUACAGCCCUGCUCCUCAGGUCCAGCAAGUGUGCCAGGUGGUGGACGGUUUCAUCUAUGUAGCCAAUGCAGAGCCUGAGAGAGUAGGCGACGGGGAGUCCGAGGCGGCUCAGAUUCGGGCUGUGCUUAGCUGUGCCGAGGGUUCAGCGACCAGGCCUCUGCUGGUGCUCUCCUGUGUCUCCAGAGAAGAAUCGGAAGAAGUCAGGAUAACCCGCCUGCAAACCAGUAACAGCAGAAACAGGGCCAGGUGUCGAACUCCCUGUGUCAACAUCGCAAAGAGACUCGGACUACUCCAGCUGGCUAACCCUUGGAUGGUGCAGGAUACAGUAGCAGAAUCCCUAUCAGGUCUUCUGGAGGGCGUCUCCUGGUUGCUGAGAUGUUCGGGAGUCAAACUCUAUGGUAGCUAGUUAUCUAACUUCUGCUGGCUGCCAGAUGAGUGAAAACCACCAAGACACACUGUACGGCAUUACCUGAGUAAUUUAUGCCACAUCUGCACUGAUGGGUUUCUAACUGUUAUUCAUCCGGGACAACUGAGAGAGACUCUGAUCUUAUUUACAGAGAGAGCCAAAUGAAGGAGUGAUAGCAGGA